GCAUUGAACACCUUAAGAAAAUCGAGUAUAAAAGCUGUGACAUGCAUCUGUUAAGCAGCACAACGUCCUCAUCAAUUCAAGAAUCAACUCUAAAGUGAAGAAAAAUUCUCAUCAUGAAAUUCGCGGCUUUCUUGCUGAUGGCAACCCUUGCAGUGGCCACUGCUGCACCUUCUGGACUUUGGGCCGGACAUGGAGUUGCUCUUGGUGGUCCAGUUCUGGGACCAUCUGCCCUUGCCGGACCAGUUCUUGGACCAACUUCUCAAGCUGGACCUCAAGUUGGACCUGCGAAAAUCUCUGGUGCUGUUGAUGGUGGUGCUGUGGUCACUGGUUCCGUUCAGGGUCCAUCCGUUGUCUCCGGCAGUGUCACUGGUGGAACUGCUGUCACUGGCUGGGGUGGUCCAUGGGACGGUGCUUGGGGUGCUGGUCAUGGUGCUUGGGGUGCCGGUCAUGGUGCUUGGGGAGCCGGUCAUGGUGCUUGGGGUGCUAAUCCCUGGGCUUAUGGACAUGGAGGAAAUUGGGGUGCAGUUCUCGCUGGACCAGUAGCAGGACCUGCAGCUCUUGCUGGACCAGUUGGAGGACCAGUUGUUGUUGCUGGACCAUCGGGACACAUUUCAGCUGGUCUUGCUGCAACUGGUGUUGUCCAUCGUCUUGGAGGACACUGGUAAAAAAUCACAUCAAUCCCCAAAUAUUCCGACUGAGCUUUACGAUUAUCGCGACCUCAUGAUUUAUUUCGACAACGCCAUGAUCUCCAUUCGUUACCGCUAUAGUACCUCCCAACGCAAUUGUAAUGCGUUUUAAUUGUGUACAUAACAAAAAAAAAAUUCAUCAAUAUACAUAUUUUAUAAUAAAGAGCAUACAACUUGUAA